UCCAGAUCUAUUGGGUUCAACUCUUUUUUCUUACCCCGGAGUCGCCUCCCUUGACCUUACACCUUAGCCAGCCUCUCUGUAACGCUUCACAUCAACAGUCAAUCCACAUAAUUAAGAUCGUCAUUACCAUCCUUUACUCUAUUCAUUCCACUACGCCUCACUCGAUAUCAUCAAUCUCUUCAAUUGUUACUUUUCUAUAAAUAAGAAUGUCUUCACACCUUUUUUCGAUAUGAAACUCAUAGGUUCAACAAUGGCAACCUUCAAGCUCCUUCCUUGAAAAUCAGCCGUUUUGCUGAGACAGUUGAUGCGAGCCAUUUUUUUCUGUGAUAUGUGAAGAAAGAGGGUGAGUUUAUCGGUGUUGAUUGAGUCAUCUUUGUCAUUAGGCACAUUCAGUUAUUGAGCUGUGGGUACAAAGUGUUCAUAUUUUUUUAAUGGAGGCUGACCUGCUAACCGAUCUGGAUAUCUGAGGUUCAAAACUUUUCACAAGCAAAAAAAAUCAGUUAUGGGGUCACGAAAGUUAAGACUCACGUUAAUCUUUGUUGAUGGCUUUCUUUUUGGUAUAUUCUUUUUCAAGCUUAUGUGGUUAUAUUCUUUAUUUGUCUCCUUUAUUAUAAUAGAUAUAGCUUAGAAUGAGUGGAUUGAUUGUCAUUGAAACUACCGUUACAUAUAGCAAGGAUCUCUGCCUUGGAAUUACUGUUACCAGAUCUAAUAAGAAAAGCAUGACAUUCUUUUUGUUUCACUCAUCAUGUUUUCUUUCCCAUUUCUCCAGCUUGUGCUUCUCUUUCUGGCUAUUGUCUCUGUUCCGUGUAUGUUGCUUUCAAAGCCGUGCAUCUUGAAGAAACAACAUGAAGCUAAGCAACAAGGUCAGUCAUACGCACCUCUUGAGGAGACGUAUGAGAGUCUUCAUGUAGAGACAAGCGGAGGAUCAGAUGGGCACGGUUACGUGGUCAGUGCAUCAGUUUUUUCACACUAUAGAAUUUUGUGCUUAGAGCUCUUUCCAACACCUCUUCUUACUUACGUAUAUGGGCUCUCAGUCUUGCAUACUCAGAUAUUGCCAGUCUUCUAUGAGAAAGUCCUCCUUCUCGCUUGGGAUACAACAAUGUGUUGAUCCUGAUCGUUGGUAUCAUUGUUUUCAUAUUCGCUACGUGGAAUUGCUGCUGGUGAUAGAGACACUGAGCGCGUUCCUUCACGCACUGCGUCUCCACUGGGUGGAGUUUCAGAACAAAUUCGACGAAGGAGAUUGUUCCAAGUUCGCUCUUUUUUUCUUUCAUUCUCAUCAGAAACGAAGACAAGUGUUAGGGAUGGAUGAUUGUGCCAUUCCCCUCCCAUUCUCUGCAAAAUUUGCAUGUAUAAAAAAGGUACAAGCCAGACCAAGUUUUAUUUAUAUUUUGCGAAUAUAUUUUUUCCGUUCUCCAUAUGGGUGGGUGGAAUUAUAUAGGUUUAUUUUGUUUGCCUGUCUGGAGAUUAGAUUUUUAAAACAAAAGUGGGGAAGGGGAUAAUGGAAUUUGUAUGAGGCAAAACUCAUUUGUUGUUUUGUUUGUUUGGAAUUAAAUACGUGAGGAUUUGUUUCCACUUA